AUGGAACUGGAGAAAGCCCCCACGCCUCUCCACGAGGAAGACUCCAAAGUCACCCUCACUAUCAGACUGAUUAUGCAGGGGAAGGAAGUUGGCAGUAUCAUAGGGAAAAAGGGAGAAAUUGUGAAACGAUUUAGAGAAGAGUCUGGAGCAAAAAUAAACAUUUCUGAUGGAUCAUGCCCAGAGAGAAUUGUUACUGUCACUGGAAACACAAGUGCUAUUUUCAAAGCCUUUACACUUAUUUGCAAAAAAUUUGAGGAGUGGUGCUCUCAGUUCAAUGAAGGCGGUGGCGGGGGUUCACGAGCACCCAUCACACUUCGCCUCAUUGUUCCUGCCUCACAAUGUGGCUCACUCAUUGGCAAAGGUGGUUCCAAAAUUAAAGAAAUUCGCGAUGUCACUGGAGCUAAUAUACAGGUAGCAAGUGAAAUGUUGCCUAAUUCGACUGAGAGAGCUGUGACAAUUAGUGGCACUUGUGAUGCAAUAACUCAAUGCAUUUAUCACAUCUGUUGUGUUAUGUUGGAGAGUCCACCAAAAGGCGCUACAAUUCCAUACAGGCCCAAGCCGAAUGUGGCGGGACCAGUCAUCUUAGCAGGAGGACAAGCUUACACCAUCCAAGGGAAUUAUGCGGUGCCAGCUCAAGAUGCGGUGUGCGCACCGAUGUUCCCCCUGCUCGAGGUGAAACCGCCCCUCGUGGGCGCGCUGCCGCCCCACCACCUGCUACCACCGCCGCUCCACGAACACCACCUUAUUGGAGGGCUGGCUAAAUCGCCAUUAGCGGGACUCGCAGCCCUGGGGCUCGGAGGCCUGGCACCAACCAACACUGGGGGACUAAACCCAGCAGCACUGGCCGCCCUGGCUGGGUCCCAGCUGCGCACUUCGAACCAGGGCCGCAACCAGCCAGCCACCAACCAGCAGUCGCACGAGAUGACCGUGCCCAACGAACUCAUAGGGUGCAUCAUCGGCAAGGGCGGCACCAAAAUCGCCGAGAUCCGCCAAAUAUCCGGCGCGAUGAUCCGGAUAUCCAACUGCGAGGAGCGCGAAGGCGGCAGCACCGACCGCACCAUCACCAUAACCGGCAACCCAGACUCGGUGGCGCUCGCCCAGUAUCUCAUCAACAUGAGUGUGGAGCUGCAGAAGGCGAAUCUGGAGGGCACCGCGGCGGGGGGCUCGGCGAGCUCCUCGUCGACCAGCCCCCUCGCCUCCGCAAUCCCCCUCGCACAGCUCCUCACCAAGAGCGGCGCCCUCGGUGCCCUUAAUUCCCUCACGGCCCUCGGCGGCCUCACCGACCUCCUCAGCGGCGGCAACGCGCAGCCGGUGCAGACCACGGGCGUGCACCGCAACCACAAACCGUUCGGCCAGCGCCGCCAGGAGGACGAGACGCCCACCAAAACGCCCAAAGAGCGCAACAAAUACAACCCUUAC